AUGAGCUCCUUGAUCGUCACCAUCGUGGUGGUCGUUGUGUUAGUCGUCGUUCUCGGCGGCGGCAUCCUGGCAUGUGCACUUGGCUGGGAGAAAAUCAUCGCCCGGGUGACACCCAACCGCUGGCAGAGAAAGCCACAGCCUUCUCUUAACGAGAAGUGGCCCAAGGACUAUCCCUACCCAUCACGAAGCUCGGUCGAGACCGACUGGGCAGGAUCCCCUAUCAGCUCACCUGCGUCGUCCCCUGUGGCAUCGCCGAGCUCCUCCCCAAGGUCUUCGAGACACAACUCCGACUCCCUGACAAAAGGACGCUCUUCCAUGCGCGAGUAUGUUUGA